GCUCUGCUGCCUCUUUCUGGGCGCCGGAUCCCGCCUCGCAACCUGGGGCCGUCUUCUUCCUUCCCGCACCACCGGGCUACCUUGAGACUGUCCGAGAAGUUCAUCCUGCUGCUGAUUCUCAGUGCCUUCAUCACCUUGUGUUUCGGGGCCUUCUUCUUCCUCCCGGACUCCUCGAAGCACAAGCGCUUCGACCUGGGCUUGGAAGACGUCUUGAUCCCCCACGUGGACACCGCCGGCGAAGGAGGGAAGAAUGCGGGCGCCUACUUGAUCCACGGGCAAGGCCACGACCAGCACAGGCACCGGGAAGAAGAAGAACGCUUGAGAAAUAAAAUUCGUGCAGAUCAUGAAAAGGCUCUAGAAGAAGCAAAAGAGAAACUGCAGAAGUCACGGGAUGAGAUCCAAGCGGAAAUUCAGACCGAGAAAAAUAAGAUCCUGAAGGGUCUGAAGACCAAAAGCAGCAAGCCUCUGCCACCAGUCCCAGUGCCAAAUAUUGUAGGAAUAAAAAGUGGCGAUCCUUUGGACCCAGACAUCCUAGAAAAAAGAGAUAAAAUCAAAGAGAUGAUGAAACAUGCUUGGGAUAAUUAUCGACAAUAUGGAUGGGGACAUAAUGAACUGAAACCUAUUGCCAGGAAAGGACAUUCCACCAACAUAUUUGGAAAUUCUCAGCUGGGUGCUACUAUAGUAGAUGCGUUGGAUACCCUGUUCAUUAUGGGCCUUCAUGAUGAAUUUAGAGAAGGGCAGGAAUGGAUUGACAAUCACCUUGAUUUCAGUGUGAAUUCAGAGGUGUCUGUCUUUGAAGUCAACAUCCGCUUCAUUGGUGGCUUACUUGCAGCCUAUUAUCUGUCAGGACAGGAAGUGUUCAAGAUAAAAGCAGUGCAGCUAGCAGGGAAACUUCUUCCAGCCUUCAACACACCCACAGGAAUUCCUUGGGCAAUGGUGAAUCUAAAAAGUGGCGUAGGUCGCAAUUGGGGUUGGGCUUCUGCUGGCAGCAGCAUCUUGUCAGAGUUUGGGACACUUCAUAUGGAAUUUGUACAUCUCAGCUACCUGACUGGCAACCCUGUCUACUAUGAAAAGGUAAUGCACAUUCGUAAGCUGCUUCAAAAAAUGGACCGCCCUAAUGGGCUUUAUCCAAACUACUUGAAUCCGAGGACUGGACGGUGGGGGCAGCAUCACACGUCCAUGGGUGGUUUGGGAGAUAGUUUCUACGAAUACUUGCUGAAAGCCUGGUUGAUGUCCGAUAAAAUGGACGUGGAGGCAAGGAAAAUGUAUGAUGAUGCUAUUGAGGCCAUAGAGAAGCAUCUCAUCAGGAAGUCCAACGGAGGUCUAACGUUUAUUGGAGAGUGGAAAAACGGGCACCUUGAGAGAAAAAUGGGGCAUUUAACAUGCUUUGCUGGGGGAAUGUUUGCACUUGGAGCAGAUGGUUCCCGAGAUGAUAAGGCUGGGCACUACCUUCAGCUGGGUGCAGAGAUUGCACAUACCUGUCAUGAAUCGUAUGACAGGACAACAUUAAAAUUGGGUCCAGAAGCUUUCAAAUUUGAUGGCGGUGUUGAGGCAGUAGCAGUGCGACAGAAUGAAAAAUACUACAUUUUAAGACCAGAGGUGAUUGAGACCUAUUGGUAUAUGUGGCGAUUCACCCAUGAUCCCAAAUACAGACAGUGGGGCUGGGAGGCAGCACAGGCCAUUGACAAAUACUGCCGAGUGAGUGGUGGAUUUUCAGGAGUCAAGGAUGUCUAUGCUUCAGCUCCUACCUACGAUGAUGUACAGCAAAGUUUCUUUCUUGCUGAAACGCUAAAGUAUUUGUAUUUGCUGUUCUCGAAUGAUGACCUCCUACCUUUGGAUCAUUGGGUUUUUAAUACAGAAGCUCACCCCCUGCCUGUUUUACAUCUAGCAAACACAACACUUUCAGGAAAUCAUGCAUAUCGAUAGAAACUGUUCCAGGACAAAGACAAAAUACUUUAUUUAGCUGUGUUUUGUUUACAUGGACCACUUAAGGCUUGAGAGAAGACUGGCAUCAGUUACAUUUAUCAAGACCUUUGAAUCAACAGAGAGGAUGAAAACUGCGCUCUUAAGCAUGUAAAUAAAUUUAAAAAUUCCAUUUUUAUACAUGACCAAAACAAUCUAGUGCAGUGUGUGUCAGAAAGAGACCUUGUAUUUUUGCAGUUGAAUGGUGAAGCAUGAUGUUCAAAGAUUCAAAGGCUAAGGGAACAUGUUUCCUGCCCAGCAACAGGAAUGAGUUGCAGCAGCUGCUACUAUGGUUGUAGUGAGCAGAACCCUGCCCAGAUCAUGUGGAUUCCUGAUAUUUGUCCUUUUCUUUUUCUUUUGAGGAUGGCACGAGCAAAGCAAUGACCAUCAACAAAAGUGCACUAAUAGUUUCCAGAUUUGAAGCUUUUCUGUUUUGAAUUUUCUACUUUUCUUCAGUCCCUUGAGACUGGCAGCCAUUCCCAGUGCCUCUUGAGACCCUUGCCUCUUUUUAUUAUUGAUGAUGACGAUGAUGGCAACGACAGUGAUCAAUUAUUUGUCCUUGUUUCUUGGUAAAUGGGAUUAUGGAGAGGAUCAGCACCUUCUCUCAGUCUGUCAUUUUAAGAUUUGGAAAGCUUCAUUCACUUGAGAAUUGUUUCUUACACGAUCAUGACAGAAGUGCCCAGUGUUGUUUACCACUUGGUCAAGAUUUUUGUCAACUAAGUUGCAAUAACUUACAUUUGUCUGUGAAACGGAGUUUCAUUAAGAUCUCACUUUUUUCAUAUGGUAUUCAAAAAUUGAAGAACCAUCCGGUAAGAGAUGUUCUUUACAUGUCUUGCAUCGUCUGAAUAAGACUGUAACCUGGGUAUAACGGUGCUUGUUUUUUGGGGUAUUUUCUAAAAGCUGAAGUGUGAGGAUACAUACAUCAGCCUUUAUGUACACAGUAAAAAUCCUACCAUUUGAUCUCCAGUCAACUGGAAAAUUGACAUUCAGUGGCCUCCGUGGUAGCAGAGGACAGAUCAAUAGCAAAUUGACAGUGAAUUUUACUUUGCAAUACAUUCUUGUCAUUAUUAGAUCUCAGUGACAACAGCUGGAGAAACUGCUUCUUUCAUUUCUAAAAAUGGAUCUGUCAAACCACACCACCCCUCCCCUCCUAGUUAAAGAGAAGAUUUGGGCAUCAUUUUUUUUUCUGAGCAGGAUUAAAAAACUUUGUGUGAAUAAUAUUCAUGUAUAUUGAAAUCUCAUUUCCUCACAAAUACUGGCAACAAGCCUUUAUUUUUUUGUUGGUAUGCAUACUUUUUGAAAGAGUGCUGAAAUCCAAAUGCUGCUUAGAAGUAAACCUGCGUUGACCAAGUUAUCUCACUGGGACCUUAUCAUGCCUCAAGGACAUAACAGAUUUGCAACUCAGCAAACCAUUUGACAAACAUAAGAUUCUAUUGCAGUGGAAGAUGCAUUAAUUGAUUUUUCAUCGACCGUAUUCCUAUGGUACUGAAUCCUGCACCCAGUUUGUAUUGACACAUCUAUCUAUAGCUAGACCUCUGUGAAUCUAUUUGCCCAGGAUCAUGCUGCAUUCUAAUGUGAAAUACAGUAACUUGUGAAUGUUUUUAGCUCACAUGGUUGCAAAGAUAGACCUAAAAGCGUCUUGAAAGUUUUAAUGGAGUACUUAUAAUAGAUGUGGAAUCUGAGUUGAAUUUCAGGUAUCAGGCAAUAAGAUUUCUUCAGUUGCACAGCACAUUUACCAAACAGCUCCCAUACCCUCUAUCCUUUCUUUUAAUGUCCCUUCAAAUCUGUUUUUGGAUAUUUCUGUACCCUAAUUUUCCUACCCAAUCCCUCAAUAAAAUGAAAAUUCUAAAUUCCACAUGAAAGAAGGAAGUAAUAUAUUCAAAUUAAGUUCAUGUGCAGUUUGAGAUAAAGUCCAGGUGUAGAAUUUGGAAUAUUUGAAACUUAGAAUUUUAGAACCAUUAUUCUACCGUAGAACUGAAAGUAGGAAACCUGUCUCCACCAGCUGCUGAUACUGAUUUGGUUGUUCCCAAUUUGAGACUUGAGUUUUCAUUGAAACCAGUGGCAAUACUCUAAUGCCUGAUGUUUGAAGUAUUUAUUUUGCUGAAAAGUAACAUAGGAGAUGUGAUUAAAAUGAUUCUCAAUUGAAACAGUAUGAAAUUGGUUUUGGAAUUAGCUGGAAUUUUCUCAGCCACUUCAUAUGAAUGGAAACAGUGUAUAGAGAACAUACUCUUAGGUCCUUGUGCUUUAAACCAGUGGUUCUUAACCUUGGGUUAUUCAGGUGUCUUUGGACUGCAACUCCCAGAAGCCUUCACCACCAGCCGUGCUGGCUGGGGUUUCUGGGAGUUGCAGUUCAAAAACACCUGAGUAACACAAAGUUAAGAACCAAUGCUUUAAACCACCACAUUAUAGUAAUAUCUUGUUUGCUGUGUAGCAGCUCCUCCAUUUUUCCUUUUCUGUUUACUUUGAAAUCUUUCAAAGUUCAGUUUCUGAUCACAGUUUGCCACAGAUUUAAGUUUACUUCUUAUGGUGGUUCUCCCUACUGACUUACCAGUAAGCAUGAGUGCAUGAGUACAUUUAUUAAAACCUUUGGAGAGAAGACGAAUUGAGAUCUAUUGUUUGCUGUAGAUCUGAUGCCAGCUUUGGUUCCUCACUAGUUAGCAGAAGGCAACCUUAGCACAACAUUGUGCCGGACAAUGAAUGGAUUAGAAGAUCCCACAAGCCUGGUCUGUUUCCCCCUGAAGUAAAAUAUGUGAAAAGAAAUUAUAAUGGGCUAGCAAGACUACAUCAUGUCUAUUAAUUAAUUACAGUGCCAAGAAGGGAUUUUUUAAAAAUGGCAUGGCAUAGUAAUGAGAAUCAGUUUGGUAUAGUGGAUACAGUGAUGCACUAGGAUUCAGGAGACCUGGGUUCAAAUCCCCAUUUGGCCAUGAAAAUGGGCAUAGGAUGUAGCCAGUAAAACCACACCUUAAAUAUCUCAUGUACCUUGAACAUUUUGUUAGAGACCCCAUAAAUCCAAUGUGACUUGAUGGCACAUAACACCAACAAAAUAAUUAGCUCAUGUGCAGUGGUAAUCUGGGGUGAGGGAGAAAAUGAUGUUUAAUUCCCCACUCUGUCAUAAUCAGUAGUACCCUGAAAGGGGCACAGGUCAAGGAACACAUUUCUUGACAUAAUUCAGGUAAGUUUGAUGAUGUUAGCAAGAAAGGAAAAGAAGACAGAGCAGUGGUAUUUUCAACAGCUUGCUUGUUGCCGCCCCCCCCCCAAUAAUAUAUUGGUCUACUCUUCAGUGCUUUUAUUUACAGUAAAGGAUAAUAAGCAUUUUUCUGCAAAGCGGAGUCUUGAAGAAGAACAAA